AUGUCGUCUGUCAAAGUGGCUGUGAGGGUUCGACCCUUUAACAACCGAGAGAUAUCCAGGGAUGCCGAGUGUAUCAUUGAAAUGACUGGCAAGACGACCACCAUCACAAAUCCCAAGGCUGGCCCCAAGGAUUCUCAAGUCAAAAGCUUCAACUUUGAUUAUUCCUACUGGUCUCAUACAACAGCAGAAGACCCCAGCUUUGCCGACCAGAAGAAAGUCUACGAGGACAUUGGACUGGAAAUGUUGGACCAUGCGUUUGAAGGCUACAAUGUUUGUAUCUUCGCUUACGGACAAACUGGUUCGGGCAAGAGUUAUACCAUGAUGGGGAAGAAUGAGCCAGGACAGACGGGAAUUAUUCCUCAGUUGUGUGAUGACCUGUUUAAAAGGGUCUCUGUCCAGGACAAUGAAGACACUACGUUCUCAGUCGAGGUGAGCUACUUUGAGAUUUACUGCGAGCGGGUCCGGGAUCUACUGAACCCCAGCAAUAAGAACAGCCUCAAGGUGAGGGAGCACCCGCUUCUGGGUCCUUACGUGGAGGACCUCUCCAAGCUGGCCGUCCAGUCCUUUGAGGACAUUAACAAUCUCAUUGAUGAAGGCAACAAGGCCAGAACUGUGGCGGCAACUAACAUGAAUGAAACCAGUAGCCGGUCCCAUGCCGUGUUUACCAUUAUUUUAAGCCAGCGCCGGUUUGACCGGGAAACCAAAAUGGUUGGAGAGAAGGAGGGAGCUAACAUCAACAAGUCCCUGACCACACUGGGCAAGGCCAACAAGAAGAAGAAAAAGGCUGACUUUAUUCCCUACAGAGAUUCGGUUCUGACCUGGCUUCUCAGAGAGAACCUGGGUGGUAACUCCAAGACGGCCAUGGUUGCAGCGUUGAGCCCAGCGGACAUCAACUAUGAUGAGACCUUGAGUACACUUCG